AGGACAGCGGCGAGCGGGCCGUGGAGCACGGAGGAGGCGCCGCCUCGGCCGUCAUUUCCGCCGUGUGUUUGAGUGGGGGCGGGGGGGCAGAGCGCUCUCCUCCUCCUCCUCCUCCGCGGCGGCCGGAGACACAGACCCAGCGCGGGGUGAGGGAGGGGAGGCAGCCGAGCCAGCCGCAGCGCCCGCGGGCGGAGCCGCCAGACACCCCCCUCCCGCCGGAGCGACACCGCACCCUCCCCCCAUCGCCCGGGCCCGGCCAUGGGGAACGCAGCCACCGCCAAGAAGGGCAACGAGAUCGAGAGCGUGAAAGAGUUCCUAGCCAAAGCCAAAGAAGAUUUCUUAAGAAAAUGGGAAAGCCCCCCUCAGAAUACUGCUGGCCUAGAUGAUUUUGAGAGACAAAAAACCCUUGGAACAGGAUCAUUUGGGCGAGUUAUGUUGGUGAAAUAUAAAUCCACAGAACAGUAUUAUGCUAUGAAGAUACUGGAUAAACAGAAGGUUGUCAAACUGAAGCAAAUAGAACACACGCUGAAUGAAAAGAGAAUAUUGCAAGCAGUGAACUUUCCUUUCCUCGUGAGACUGGAGUAUUCUUUUAAGGACAAUUCUAAUUUAUACAUGAUUAUGGAAUAUGUCCCUGGUGGUGAAAUGUUCUCACAUCUAAGAAGAAUUGGAAGAUUCAGUGAACCACAUGCACGGUUUUAUGCAGCUCAAAUAGUGCUAACAUUUGAGUACCUCCAUUCACUAGACCUCAUCUACCGAGAUCUAAAGCCUGAAAAUCUUUUAAUUGACCAGCAAGGAUAUAUCCAGGUCACAGACUUCGGGUUUGCAAAAAGAGUAAAAGGAAGGACUUGGACGUUAUGUGGAACUCCAGAAUACUUGGCUCCUGAAAUAAUUCUCAGCAAGGGCUACAACAAAGCAGUGGACUGGUGGGCAUUAGGAGUGUUAAUCUAUGAAAUGGCCGCUGGAUAUCCUCCAUUCUUUGCAGAUCAACCAAUUCAAAUUUAUGAAAAGAUAGUUUCUGGAAAGGUACGGUUCCCAUCACACUUCAGUUCAGACCUGAAGGACCUACUAAGAAAUUUACUCCAGGUAGACUUGACCAAACGAUAUGGAAAUCUAAAGAAUGGUGUAAAUGACAUAAAGAACCACAAGUGGUUUGCUACAACAGAUUGGAUUGCCAUUUAUCAGAGAAAGGUAGAAGCUCCAUUUAUACCAAAGUGCAGAGGACCUGGAGAUACCAGCAACUUUGAUGACUAUGAAGAAGAAGAUAUUCGUGUGUCUCUAACAGAGAAAUGUGCAAAAGAAUUUGCUGAUUUUUAGUAUGUGUAAGAGGACAAGAUGACAUCAGGACUUACAUUGGGAUCUUUGCACUCUAUUAACUGAUGAGGUGAAGCUGAGACAGUCAUAUGUCAAAACAGUUACCUAGUUACUUCAUUCCACAAAGCUGACUGAGGUCUUUAUUGCCAUCUUCCAUGUGUGCAGUUUGCACCAACCCUUAUGACUAGGCACAAUUAAGCAAGCACUGUUUUGCUGUAUCACAGAAUACUAGACCACUUUCCUACUUAUCUUUGGUUUCUGUCGUUUCAUUUGUUUCUGUGUAAUGUUCAGUUCCCCCUUUUAAAAUGAAGUAGAGUUUUUUACCCAAGAAUGCUCCAUUUUAUUUUGAAUAAUAUAUUUGUGUGAGUGAAAUGGAAGGUGUUGCGGCUACUGUGAUUUAGACUGAAGUGAAAGAUAAGUGUUGCUUCUAGUCUGUGCCAGCCAAUACUUCUUGUCUGUCUUGUAUCUGAGACUACAGUUGAUUAUAUAUAUAUAUAUUUUUUUUUGGUAGCUCAGACUAAAUCUAGCCAACAUUUUUAGCAUUUUUGAAGGUAGUAUUUAUCGCCACAUAAGUCUAUGCGAAAUUAACUUAAAAACAUUACUUCUUGGAGCCUGACCAAAAUUAGCAUAAAUUGGACAGCUUAAGUAGGGGACAGUAGCUAGACCCUGUGUCUUGGUUUUCUACAUACCUGCAGUUCUCUUCACUGCCUCCUUCCUUUGUAUUCCUCAGCUGGGCAGUAGGUAAAUAUGCCAUAACCUGACUGUGCCAUGGGAAGUACACAAUCUCAUUGAGCAGGAACAUUCCACCAGGUCCCAGACCAUAUUUAACCAAGUAAAUUAUCAGCAUUUCAGUCGGUAGGUAUUAAAUGGGUUUUUAACACCAUAAACCCUAAACUCGUAAAAGAAGUUUUGGUCAGUAUUGUAACAGAAUAUGGCUAACUAAAAAAAAGUCAAUGUUGUGUCUCCUAAAGUAUUCCUAGUUUAAUACCCUUUUUUAAACUUAAGGCAUUGGUUUAAAAACCAAAAUCAACAAGUGCUCUGCCAUUAGCUAUGAGGAAACAAGUGGAUUUAGCAAAUCCGAAGUAAUAUGGAUGCAUUGCUAGAUUAAUACAGACUUUUUGUUUUGUUUUGUUAGCUGUUAAAAUAAAAGAGGUUAUUGCCAAGUUUUUAUUCUGGUAUACUAUAUUAGUAAACUGAGGAUGGAGAACUGCUAUGAUCAUUUGAUUUUUAAUUACAGUGCUUCAUUCAUGUGUAAAAGAGACAUAGUUAAAAACUGCCACAGUUGUUUUCUUAGUUACGUUGCAUCUUCAUUUCUAACCUACUUCCUUUCAAUGAAACAGAAUGUAUGAUCACACAGAUGUAAGAAUUUGGGCUUGUAUACUCUCACCAACUGACUUAAGAUACUGCUGCCAUGUACUAGCUUUUGGCACUUUUACACAUUUAUUUCAGUGUUUAUUAAUAAUCAGUCGCUCAGCACAUUAUUUUUUGCUUUUAAACUUAUCCAUACUAUUUUUAUUUGUGCACUUGAUUCUGGAUAUCUCAGUGACCUGUCCUUAAAACAGCACAUCUAAACAGUUUAAAAUAAACUAGGCUCAUAUUUUAUGAUCAAUUUACAUGCAUACAAGGAUGACUCGUUUUUAUUAAAACUGAUCUAUAUUGAUACAUAGCUAUUGUAUUUGUUUGAAUGUCAGUGCAGAUGAACCAUUGACAUUACAUCCUUUUAAUCUGUAUGACACUCCUUUAAGAAAAGCCUUUGUAGACAUUUUACAAACCAGUAUGAGCUGUACCAUCCAACAUUCUGUAUGUCUUUAGGUUGUCAAGCAUUUUUGCACAACGUCAUUAGGAGGUUGACACUGAUUGCAGCCUUUGUCCACCCAAAUUUACAUAUGUACAAGAAAAGUAUAAGAUACUUUGCUGUAGCAAAUUUUAUGUAAUAAAAAUAUAUCAUCACAUUAAUAAAUUAAAGAAAAACUCUUUGUAUAAAAAAUGUUAAAAUCUUUUGUAUUUCAUUUAGACUGAGGACAUGCUGUUGUAUGCUAGCUGUAUGCGAUAAAUUCUACAGUAACUUUGUUGUCGUUUAUGAACUUUAAAAGAUUUUAAUAAAUGCUGGAGAUCACAGUUUGAUUGUUUAUUAUUUUAAUUUCAGUCAUUUAUAACCUAAUAUGGUUCAGAGAUUUUUCUAUUCUGUGAAGUACAGUGAUCAUUCACCCUGGAUGUACAGUAAAACAGAGGAAUCUAGGGCAUUGAUUCUAACAUGUCUAUUUGAUAUCCAGAUUAAACUCUAGAUGGGCAUAAAUUGAAGUGGCCUCUUAAUAAUUCCAUGAUAAUAUGCUAUUUCUGAAUUGUAUCAACAAGCAGUUAACUAUGGGAAGUAAAAUACAUUUCCAACUAGGCAUAAUAAACGUCAGUAAGGAAAUGAGACUUUAUUUGGGGGUGUGGGGGAGGAGAAGGAGCAUAGUUUCCAUGGCAUUAGUGAGUACAUAUGACAAUGUGAAUAUUAUGCAAUCCUCUCCUUUAAACAGAGCCAUAAAAAUAUAACCACAAGAAUAUCAUGAUACU